AUGUUCGAGGAUCAUUGGUACCAACACUCAGCUCCGGCAGUCCCUGAGGCUCCAAAAAUGCGCCGGCAGGAAUCAAUAAAGAAUCAAUCUCCUGCUCGACCAUCUUUGGAAAGAACUUCUUCGAAUCUCCUAAAGAAGUCUACCGAGCAGCAACAAAAAAAUCCAGCCCCGGAAAUCCCAAUAGCCACUGUUCCGCGGAGACCCAAAUCCUAUGGAGAUCUUAGGGUGCUAGUGCAAGAUAAAUUUGUAUUGCCAGGUAUCAAGGGGGAUGUAAAUCAUGAUGUUCGGGAGCUUCCUCCAAGACCAAAGUCACGGAAUGAUCUCGAGGGUGCUAGGAUCGCAAGAUAUGGACAUAAGGCUUCAAAUGGGACAUACAAAGGCGCAAUUAUAACACGAGAAAUCAGGGAUGAAUUGGACUUUGCAGAUUGGUAUAAACAAUUUGAAGAUGACCUUCAAGGCUCCAAUAGUGAAUACCAACUAUUCCACUCUACCCUCCAGUCGCACCUCACAACCUGCAACUCGCUCAUAUCUACAACAGAUACAACUCUCUCUCUCUUGAAUACCCUCCAAUCCUCUUUCCGCACCGUUCACGCCCAAACCUCCACCUUCCAAGAAACAUGUUCCAGCCUGCUUUCCCAUCAAUUGCAUUUAGAAAAGCUCCUUUCUUCUAUAUCAACCGCAUUACAUCCCUUCACGGAGCUAGAACCUAUUACUCGUCUCCUUGCCCGGCCAGGAAGCGAUUUUGUGAAGACCCCAGCGUUUAGGGAGAUGCUGGUUCGAUUGGAUGACUGCAUUUCAUGGAUGGACGAUCCUGCUCAUAAAGGUUUUCACGAUGUCGAGACUUAUGCGCCAAAAUUUAGACAAUGUAUGACUCGUGCACUCACAUUAAUACGAAACUGUUUUGUGAGUAGUAUACGGGAGGUUUCAAAUGAGGUGACAGGAAGAAUCAAGGAAAGACAGAUGAACGAUACAACCCAAAGUGCGCUGUUAUAUGCAAAGUUCAGGGUCAAUGCACCUCUUCUACGGGAGUUGGUGGGUGAGAUUGAGAAGAGAUGUGAUCAUGAGGAGUAUUUGUCGUUACUAAACGAGUGCUAUCAUUCCUUUGCUUCGGUUCGACAGAAGCUUAUUGGACCGAUCAUUUACAAGCGUAUGUCUGAGCUGUCAGCACCAACUAAUACAAAGAAUAAGGAGCUGGUACCAUUCGCAAGGAGUGGAAUCAGUUUCGUAAGGAGUAUCUGUAUGGAUGAAUUUGAGCUAUUCUACGCAUAUUUCUCCGGAGAGCAAGGAGACAACGAGGUCUAUACUUUCUUGGAAUCUUUGUGCGAACCCCUCUAUGAUCAUCUUCGACCCCGUAUAAUCCACGAAACGCAGCUAGUAAAGCUCUGCGAACUUUGUACAUUAAUCCAAACUCGCUAUAUGCGGGACGUCGAUGAUAUAGAUCCAGAGCCUUACGAUCACACGCAGCUUGACUUCGGCCAAAUAAUUCAGCCUACUCUCCACGAUACCCAAUCUCGCAUUGUCUUCCGUGCACAGACAAUAAUACGCGAUGAAAUUGAAGGAUUCACACCUAAACCUGAAGACCUAGACUAUCCCGCUAAGUUUCAAUCACCCCCUAGAGCGGGAACCGCGAGUCCGAACGCACAAAAGAUAAUAGACCGUCAUGAUGACCCUGCUGGUACGAACGGUAAUGGGGGGUUUGAUACAGAAGCAGCGUAUAAAGGCUGGUACCCUACACUACGCAAGUGCAUUUGGCUACUCUCUCGGAUCUAUCGACUCGUCAAUUCAACCGUAUUCGAUGAUCUAGCGCAUACAAUAGUCCACCUCACAACCAUCUCGCUCCUCCGAGCUUCACAACAACUAACACAGAAGAAGACCCCUGCAGAUGGGCACUUAUUUCUGAUACGCCAUUUUCUACUCUUGAAAGAACAGAUUGUCACUUUUGACAUAGAAUUUGUAAAACCAGAUACUCAAAUUGAUUUCUCUGGACUCGCGGGCUCCUUCUGGGAACUGCGUGAGAAGGGCAUAUUCUCACGCACUGGUAUCCUGAACUUGGUCAAGGGUGCUGCGAUGCCGAAGGUGGUCGAAAACAUGUUGGAUGCCAAAGUUGAGCUCGACGCGAGGCUGCGGACAGUUAUUGGAGAGUUUACUAAAUAUUUCGCGGACCGCAUGACAAAUGAGAUUGACGGUCCAUCUAACAGGAUCCGUGCAGCAGCGGGGGCUGAUCCGGCGGCUGAAGUUAGAGCCACCGUGGAAAGAGAGAUAGUGGUGUUGAGAGCAAAGUUGGUUGAGUAUGUAGAAGACGGGAGGACUCGGGAGACAUUGGUUGGCGCUGUACAGGAACUGGUCAUACAAGCAUACGAGAGCUAUUACGAGAGCACUUUCUUAAGCGGCAAUCGAAGACCUUCAAGCGGUGGAGUUAUCUGGGAUGUGGAGACCUUUGUAGGGUGGAGUAACGAUGUAUUCGGUGUUGGACUAGGACUGUUAGGAUUUGACGGACAGGGGGACAGCGAGGAUGGGAGCCCGGAUAGAUCGAGAACAGGAAGCUUAUAA